ACAGCUUUGUGAAGGCCUGCGGGACGGUACGGGGUGGUUGCUUGAGAGAAAGAAGAAGAAGAAAAAAAUAUGUUUUAGCGUAUGUUUAUGAUGAUCUCGGGAGAUUCGAAAGGCGGAUGCCCGCGGUGGAGAAAAUACCCUUCUCUGUGUUCCCGUGCAACUGUGAAUUAUCCUCUAACAGUUUUGCCAUUCUCACCAAGAUGCCCAAUGUAGUCAUCUGACAGAAUCAGAUGAACUUAUGACCAAAGAGGUGUGCCUCAUGGAAUGUCAAGUCCAGAUUUUUACUUAUUUGACAGAGAAAGAGAGAGAGCACACAAGCAGGGGGAGCUGCGGACAGAGGGAGAGGGAGAAGCAGGCUCCCCACUGAGCAGAGAGUCUGAUGUGCGGCUAGAUGCCAGAACCCUGGGAAUCAUCACCUAAGCUGAAGGACGCCGGAAGCGGCCUGACCCGGAAGCUUCUCUGCCGAACCGGAAGCAGAGCCGCGCAGCGACCGGCCGCCGUGGAGCCACCGCCCCCUCUCCGCUUCGCCGCUGUUUGGGGAGCCCGGACCGCGGCGGCGCCGGGUUGCCCUGAUGGUCCCCGGCCAGCGGCGGCGGCAGAGGCGGCGGGAGGAUGACCUCUCCCCGGGAGCGAGGUGCCGACCUGGCCCGUUUCUACACUGUCACCGAGCCUCAGCGACAUCCAAGGGGCUACACGGUGUAUAAGGUCACCGCCCGGGUUGUGUCACGAAGAAAUCCAGAGGAUGUCCAGGAGAUAAUCGUAUGGAAGAGAUACAGUGACUUUAAGAAACUACACAAAGAAUUAUGGCAGAUUCACAAAAACUUAUUCCGACAUUCAGAAUUGUUUCCUCCAUUUGCCAAAGGAAUAGUGUUUGGACGAUUUGAUGAAACAGUUAUUGAAGAGAGAAGACAAUGUGCUGAAGAUUUGCUACAGUUCUCUGCCAAUAUCCCCGCUCUUUACAACAGUAAACAACUUGAAGAUUUUUUCAAGGGUGGAAUAAUUAAUGAUGGUUCUGAAUUGAUUGGCCCUGCUGCAGCUUAUUCGGAUUCCCUCGUUGAUAGCUUUCCUGAAUGUAGUACAGAAGGUUUCUCCAGUGACAGUGAUCUGGUAUCUCUUACUGUUGACGCGGAUUCUCUUGCUGAGUUAGAUGAUGGAAUGGCUUCCAAUCAAAAUUCUCCCAUUAGAACUUUUGGUCUCAAUCUUUCUUCGGAUCCUUCAGCACUAGGGGCUGUUGCUUCUGACAGUGAACAGAACAAACCAGAAGAAGAACGGGAAAGUCGCAGCCUCUUUCCUGGCAGUUUAAAAUCCAAGCUUGGCAAGAGAGAUUAUUUGGAGAAAGCAGGAGAAUUAAUAAAGCUGGCUUUAAAAAAAGAAGAAGAAGAUGACUAUGAAGCUGCUUCCAAUUUUUAUAGGAAAGGAGUUGAUUUACUCCUAGAAGGUGUUCAAGGAGAGUCAAGCCCUACCCGUCGAGAAGCUGUGAAGAGAAGAACAGCAGAGUAUCUCAUGCGAGCAGAGAGUCUCUCCAGCCUUUAUGGAAAACCUCAACUUGAUGAUGUAUAUCAGCCUCCAGGAUCACUAAGUUCAAGGCCCCCUUGGAACCUAAGGAGCCCUGCCGAGGAGCUGAAGGCCUUCAGAGUCCUUGGGGUGAUUGACAAGGUUUUACUUGUAAUGGACACAAGGACAGAACAGACAUUCAUUUUAAAAGGUCUAAGGAAAAGCAGUGAAUACAGCAGGAACAGAAAGACCAUCAUCCCCCGCUGCGUGCCCAACAUGGUGUGUCUGCACAAGUACAUCAUUUCUGAGGAGUCCGUGUUUCUUGUGCUGCAGCACGCAGAAGGUGGCAAACUCUGGUCAUAUAUCAGUAAGUUUCUAAACAGAAGCCCUGAAGAAAGCUUUGACAUCGGGGAAGUGAAAAAAUCUACACUUACCAAAGUUCACCUUCAACAGCCAACUUCUAGUCCUCAGGACAGCAGCAGCUUUGACUCCAGAGGAAGUGACAGUGGAACCAUGCUCAAAGUUCUGCCGUUGAAGACUAGUCUUACUCUAAGCUCUCAAGAUGAUAGUAACCAAGAUGAAGAAGGCCAGGAUAGCUCUCCAAAAUGGCCAGAUUCUGGCUCAAGUUCAGAAGAAGAAUGUACUACUAGUUAUUUGACAUUAUGCAAUGAAUAUGGGCAAGAAAAGAUUGAACCAGGGUCAUUGAAUGAGGAGCCUUUCAUGAAGAUUGGAGGGAGUGGUGUUGAUACCAAAGUUACUGAAAGCUUCCCGGCACACCUUGCCGCUGGCAGUGACAGCCCCAGCACCCAGCAGAUAGCUCGUGAGCUGAAGUUCUUUGCUGGAGAUGAUGAUGUAGAAGCAGUUAGUUCUCCAAGAACGUCAGAUUCCCUUAGUAGAUCUAAAAACAGCCCCAUGGAAUUCUUUAGGAUAGACAGUAAGGAUAGCACUAGUGAACUGCUAGGCCUUGAUUUUGGAGAAAAACUGUAUAGUCUAAAGUCAGAGCCUCUGAAACCAUUUUUCACUCUUCCAGACGGAGACAGCACUUCCAGGAGUUCCGGUGGUAGUGAAAGCAAGGUAGAAUUUCUAGCUCAGGACACCAUUAGCAGGGGCUCAGAUGACUCUGUCCCAGUCAUUUCUUUUAAAGAUGCUGCUUUCGAUGAUGUCAUUGGCACUGAGGAGGGAAGGCCUGAUCUUCUUGUAAAUCUCCCUGGUGAACUGGAGCCGACCAGAGAUGGUGCAGCAGUGGGAACGACUAAGUGUCUGCAGACCGACAUAGGCAUAACUGAAAGUAAACUGUUGGAAGCCCCCGAUGUUUUAUGCCUUCGACUUAGUACUGAAAAACGCCAAGCAAGAGAAGAAGAAGGCACGGAGGAAUUGAGUGAUUCCUCUGGCCCUACAUCCCAGAGUCUAGCCGAGAAACACAAUGCCCAGGGGGAUCUUGGGAUGUUAUUUGUAGCAGCUGCUGAUCAUAGUAGUUCAGGAGACAUGUCUUUGUUACACACCGAUUCUAAGUUCCAAGGACUUGGAGUGGUGGAGUCGGCGGUAACUGCAGACAACACAGAAGAAAGCUUAUUCCAUAUUCCUAACCCACUCUCAGGUGCUAAUGAAUAUAAUGUAAACACAGACACUUUAAAAACUGAAGAAGUAUUGCUGUUUACAGAUCAAACGGAGGAUUUGGCUAAAGAGGAACUGACUUUAUUUCAGAGAGAUCCAGAGACUAAGGGAGAGAGUGGAUUAGCCCUAGAAGGAGACAAGGAAAUACAUCAGAUUUUUGAGGACCUUGAUAAAAAAUUAGCACUAAACUCCAGGUUUUACAUCCCCGAGGGCUGCAUUCAAAGAUGGGCAGCUGAAAUGGUGGUAGCCCUUGAUGCUUUACAUAGAGAGGGAAUUGUGUGCCGCGAUUUGAACCCAAACAACAUCUUAUUGAAUGAUAGAGGACACAUUCAGCUAACGUAUUUUAGCAGGUGGAGUGAGGUUGAAGAUUCCUGUGACAGCGAUGCCAUAGAGAGAAUGUACUGUGCCCCAGAGGUUGGAGCAAUCACAGAAGAAACAGAAGCCUGUGAUUGGUGGAGUUUGGGUGCUGUCCUCUUUGAACUUCUCACUGGCAAGAGUCUGGUUGAGUGCCAUCCGGCAGGAAUAAAUACUCACACUACUUUGAACAUGCCAGAAUGUGUCUCUGAAGAGGCUCGCUCACUCAUACAACAGCUCUUGCAGUUCAACCCUGUGGAGCGUCUUGGUGCUGGUGUUGCUGGUGUUGAAGAUAUCAAAUCUCAUCCAUUUUUUACCCCUGUGGAUUGGGCAGAACUGAUGAGAUGAGCAUAAGACAGGGUUCUCAGCGCACAUUCCGACCUUGUCUGUGACAGGCGUCCCCAUCACAGAGGCAGCUCUGCCUCGCACUCGCCGAGGGAGCACCGAGACCUUGGGAUAAAGACCUUUAGAGGAAAUGGAAGAAAAAAGGCUGAACGAGAACACUUUCUUUACUGUUAUUUUCAGGACAGAAUAUUGGCUACAUUUGCAAGGGGGAAUUGAUAUACAAGCCUUUAAAUAAGGUGUGAUCUUUAUUUUAUCUGCAUUUAGUGUUGCAGAUGAGUUGUAAACCCAACGGAAGAAGGAAUGCCCUUCAAGAACUUCCUCUGAAAGCUCCAAGUGUACAUGUAGGUGUUACUUGAAAGGAGGACCUUUACAUGGCAGCUAAUAGUAGCUUUCUGCUAAGCAAGAUUGGCUUAUACGAUCAUAAUUAAUAUUUGCUGAAUAAUACACUAAAAGUGCUUCAUGAAUAGUGUCAUCUGUGGAGCUUAAAAAGUGAGAAAAAAAGAAUAUAUACAUCAUGCCUGAUAGAAAACAUGUACCAUGAUACUUUAUAAUUAGGGUAUGCUGAAUGUGGUUCCAUAUUGUUUCAUACUUCAGAAGCCCACCGAGAAGAGAACACUCCCAUUGCCAACUUCAUAUGCUUUGUUGGUUGAUACUAUGGAAGGGUUCAUAUAAACACUCACCGUCUCUCUUCAACUUCAUCUUUCUGCUCCGUACACCUGUUGCCUUUUCUCUCAUAUCUGUUGCCCCUUCCUCUACUAGUACAUUUGCAACAAAAAGGGAAGGGAGUAUUUAUUUCCCCAAAUUGUAUCAACUUAAUAAGAACUAAGAAAUCAUGAUUAUAAAAUAAACGUGAUAAAAAUUGAAA